GCCAUGGAAUUUCAACUUUCCUUUGUUCUCAUUCCUUUCUUUGUUUUCUUACUUUUUCAUUGGCUUACAAAAUAUUACAAUCCAAAAACCUUUGCUUACAAAUUACCACCUGGUCCAAGAAAACUACCUCUCAUUGGUAAUUUGCACCAACUAAUAUUUGCAGGAAAACUUCCACAUCAUGGUUUACAAAAACUUUCUCACAAACAUGGACCUUUAAUGCUCCUAAAACUAGGUGAAAUUAAUACAGUUGUUGUUUCAUCCUCAAACUUAGCCAAAGAAGUAAUGAAAACACAUGAUGUUGUUUUUGCCGAUAGGCCAAAACUUCUUUCACCUCAAAUUUUAGCAUAUGGUUUUAAAGAUAUUGUUUUUUCUCCAUAUGGUGAUUAUUGGAGACAAAUGAGAAAAAUAUGUGUGUUAGAACUUCUAAGUGCUAAAAGGGUUCAAUCUUUCUCUUACAUUAGAGAAGAUGAGGCGAAAAAGUUCAUACAAUCAAUUAAGUUAUGUGCUGGAUCACCAAUUAAUCUCACUAGUAGAGUUUUUUCGGUGAUAAAUUCUAUUAUUUCUAGAGCGGCGUUCGGUGAUAAAUCCGAACAUCAAGAUGAGUUUGUGAUUCUUAUUCGAAAAGCAAUCGCGAUUUCGGGUGGACUCGAGCUUGAUGAUUUGUUUCCUUCAAUGAAAAUUCUUCAUAUGCUAACCGGGAUGAGAGCAAAGUUUGAGAAAAUUCAUAAAAGUGUAGACCAAAUCCUAGAUAAUGUUGUAAGAAAUCAUCAAGAAAAAAUAUCAAAAGGUAAAGAAGAUAUCAAGAAUGAAGCUGAGAGGGAAGAUCUUGUUGAUGUUCUUUUGAGAGUCCAACAAAGUGGAAGCCUUGAUGUCCAAUUAACAAUCAACAACAUCAAAGCUGUGAUUUGGGAUAUAUUUGUUGCUGGAACUGAUACAUCAUCAACAACAAUAGAAUGGGCUAUGUCAGAAAUGAUGAAAAAUCCAAGAGUUAGAGAAAAGGCACAAGCUGAAAUAAGAGAAACAUUCAAAGGAAAACAACAAAUAUCUCAAACUGAUCUUGAAGAACUCACAUACUUAAAGUUAGUGAUAAAAGAAACCCUAAGGUUACACCCACCUUCUCCUCUAUUGGUUCCAAGAGAAUGCAAUGAACAAACCAUCAUUGACGGAUACGAUAUACCGAAAAACACAACAGUUUUGAUAAAUGCAUGGGCAAUAGGAAGAGAUCCAAAGUUUUGGAGUGAUGCUGAGAGGUUUAUUCCAGAGAGAUUUGAUGGUAGUUUUGUUGAUUUCAAAGGUAUGAAUUUUGAGUAUAUUCCUUUUGGAGCUGGAAGAAGAAUGUGUCCUGGUAUGACAUUUGGUUUAGCAAGUUUAACACUUCCUUUGGCUUUAUUACUUUAUCAUUUCAAUUGGGAGCUUCCAAAUCAGAUGAAGCCUGAAGAUUUGGAUAUGGUUGAAGAGUUUGGAAUGACUGUUGGAAGGAAAAAUGGGUUGUGUUUGAUUCCAACUCUUUAUGAUGUCUAA